AACAUAGAAAUAUAAGAUACAUAUAACGUACAAUGUACAGCUAUGAUUGUAUUCAAUGUAAUCAACCGAAAUCCGUCAUCGACGCUGCCGACCGCACCGACUCUAACCCAAUCAGACAGGCCCGUCGCGACAGGAGGGCAAACCAAGCAAUUGCUUGGGGCCCCGAGCUGGACAGGGGCCCCAAGACGACGACUGGUUAAGAGUCAAAUGCAACGACAAACUGUGUGAGCGCCCCUUUGAUAGUAGAUGCAGUAGAGUGCAAUGACACCGUUAUCGGGAUCCCCCCUCAAGGGGCCCCUCACUGCCGGGCUGACGGGGGGGCGUUUCCUGUUUGAAAGUCAGGAAAGACAAACACGGGAUUUUGGUUUCGAUAUCCCGUCGUUCUAAAUUGAAGAUGUAGCUUUUUGUCCGCCUCACUCCGGUUAAAGAUAAGUGUUGUUUGAACAGCAGAAGAGCUUUUAAAUAUAUGUUUAUACAUCAAGCGUUCUAAUAUUCCAACAAUCCAGAAGAACCAGCCGCCAUUAUGGAGGCGAGAGGAGGAGGAGGGAAAAAUGGCGACAUGUUCGCGGAACUUAAAAGUAGAAACGGGUGUUUGUAGAAUGCGUCGGUCGCUCUUCUGUGCGGUCCUCUGUGUCUCCGUCCUCGUCACUCCAGGGACGUGUUGUCUGUCCAGGGAGUACGAACUACCGGACGGCCAGUGCUGUCCGAUGUGCCACGAAGGUUCAGUGGUUAAAAGAGACUGCACUUCUCAGUCAGGCAUACGGUGCGUCCCCUGUGUGGACGGGACGUAUAUGGACCGACCCAAUGGGCUGAAUAAGUGCUUCCCCUGCAGCUCCUGUGACCAAGGCCGUGGUCUCUUUGCCAAACAGAACUGCACAUCAACAAGUGACACCGUCUGUGACGUCAUCGCUGGUCACUUCUGCACGGACCCGAUAGAAGAUAAAGAAUGCCGUUCGGCACGCAGACAUUUAGACUGUGAACCUGGUCACAGGGUCAAAGAGCCUGGGACCAGAAGAUCUGACACAACGUGUGAACCUUGUCCCGCAGGCAGUUUUUCACUGGAGGGUGUGAAUUGUUCACUUUGGACCACUUGUUCAGAAAACCAAGUGGAGGUCAAAGGAGGAACCCUGACCAGUGACACUGUUUGUGGAGCUGCUUCAAGAGACCUCUACUGGUUAAUACCUGUACUUGUAAUGGUACCAAUAGGAAGACUGGUUGUCCUCUGGAUCAGAAGGAGAAAUCAAUAGAACCAACAGGUACGUUGGCUCCAUAUGCAAAUGUUUGUCUCAAAUAGGCUGCACCACAUUAAAUCUGCUCCAUCACAGAGAACCUCCCCCCUGUAAUCUGGGAAACAGGGAACCGUAUUUUGCAUUAGUGCGCUAAUUGAACUCAUACGUUAACCCUCAACCUGAGGAACCCGUUGUGGAAGAAGAUCUUUGCUCAAGUGUCAGAGUCCGACUUUUACAAGCUUCAUGAGGUUGAAGCCUGCUGGAUGUUGUUCGGACGCCUCAAAGUUAAUUCAUUAAAUGCAAAUGUCAGUGAAGACGGACUAAGUAGUAGCAAGUAGCUCAGACUGCUGCGCCCCGUCGGUGAGCAGAGAACAAGAUAUCUAUCUGCACGCUGCAUGACGGAGUGUGCAGCUGUUCAACCCGUAUGCCGCCCAGCCCGAGUGCACACCACGACAUCUGACCCACUUCUGUCUCACUAACACAAGUAAUAACAGCACACACAUUCACUACAUACAGGUAUGUUCAACCACCCGUGAUCCCAUAACUUCAGCAUCUCUCUGGUGUCUGGAGGAGUUCAGUUCAGUGGCUGCAGGACGAGCUGUUCUUCCAUGUGGUUUGAAAUGAGUGCUGUGGGACAACGGUCCAACGUGUUGACAUCUCAGCAGGGGCUCGGGAGCAGCGUACCAUCUGAGGAAGAGACGUCGUCGUGUCUGAAGGAGGGAUCCAGUCA